AAAACCAAUUGAAACCAAUUGAAACCAGUUGGAAAUCCAACUGGUUUCAAUUGGAUUUUGGUCCUGGGACCACACCAAGCAACCAGACAGGCACCACAACAAGCAACCAGGCAGCAUCCAGACACCACACCAAGCAACCAGACAGGCACCACACCAAGCAAUCAGGCAGCAUCCAGACACCACACCAAGCAACCAGACAGGCACCACACCAAGCAACCAGGCAGCAUCCAGACACCACACCAAGCAACCAGACAGGCACCACACCAAGCAACCAGGCAGCAUCCAGACACCACACCAAGCAACCAGACAGGCACCACACCAAGCAACCAGGCAGCAUCCAGACACCACACCAAGCAACCAGACAGGCACCACACCAAGCAACCAGACAGCAUUCAGGCACCUCAUCAAACUAAUGAUUCUUGAUGCAAUCAGUGGAGGUCUAACCAUUCCAUCUACUCAUGUCCCUGAAGCAGGAAAGACUGGGUAGGAAGAGAUAAAAGGGAGAAAAUCACAAAGGAGACGCUGAUGUUCCUUGAGGAUUGCAUCGCGUAUGCUUCGGCCUUCUUUGAUGAAGAGAUAGAUGAACCCCUUAUGAAUCAUCAGAGACUGAACCCCCAUCAGGCAACCAGACGACAUCCAGGCAUUAUGCAGGUAACGUCAUCCAUACAGCAUUCAGACAGCAUCCAAGCACCAUACCAAGCAGCCAGACAGCAUCCAAGCACCAUACCAAGCAACCAGACAGCAUCCAAGCACCAUACCAAGCAGCCAGACAGCAUCCAAGCACCAUACCAAGCAGCCAGACAGCAUCCAAGCACCAUACCAAGCAGCCAGACAGCAUCCAAGCACCAUACCAAGCAGCCAGACAGCAUCCAAGCACCAUACCAAGCAGCCAGACAGCAUCCAAGCAUCAUACCAAGCAGCCAGACAGCAUCCAAGCACCAUACCAAGCAGCCAGACAGCAUCCAAGCACCAUACCAAGCAGCCAGACAGCAUCCAAGCACCAUACCAAGCAACCAGACAGCAUCCAGGCACUACACCAAGCAGCCAGACAACACACCAAGCAACCAGACAGAAUCAAGGCACCGCACCAAGCAGCCAGACGGCAUCCAGGCACCACACCAAGCAACCAAACAUCAUCCAAGCACCAUAUCAAGCAGCCAGACAGCUUCCAGGCAUUAUGCAGGUAACGUCAUCCAUACAGCAUUCAGACAGCAUCCAAGCACCAUAGUACAUUAUUUUACACCCGAUUUUGAUGAAAGUUAUAGUGUUAUGCUUGCUUGAUCUUUCUCUUUUUAUUCAAAUCAAUGUUUUGUUGGGGUGGACUUGUCCUUUAAUAUUCUGCUUGUGAUCAUCUCUAGCAUUUAGUUUCAGUAGGUUUUUUUUUUGCAACUUUCAUUGGCAAAGGUGGAAGAAACUGCAAUUUCCUGAUUAAACUUUCAAUUGAAUAAGACGACAUUCUUAUGCAUGUACAUGUAUUUGACAUAGAUUAAAGUGUAAAAUGUGACGAACAAAAAGAAAAGCAACCAGAAUGAAAAUAUAUAUAUAUAUGGUCAUUUUCACAAUAUAUGGUGUAACUCUGAAAUUUCAAUGUUUUUAUCUGUAGCAGUCUCAUAAAGCCACAUAAUUUAAAGAUGCUUUGGCAUAUGAGUAACCUCAAUGAGUGCUACCUCGGGUAGCAUAGACAUCUUCACUCAUUACUUCGUUUAAUUUUGGCAGGCACAUAAGUACCCUAAGUUGCACCUUUUUUGUGUACAUAAAAUACAUAGACUUUUUUUGGAAUGCCCUUUCUUAUUUCUGGAAUGUUGAUGAUUACUUUUGUUAUGCAGAAUGUGAAGUUAGAUGUUCAAUGAAAAAUACCAGAUAGGUUUUUAGUGUGACUGCUUCUUUAUUUCUGAGAACGGGGUGGUCCAAUUUGUUGUUUCGGAGGCUUCAUUUUCCGUUAACAAUAGCUAACAAACUUUGUAUUCCGAGCAUUGGUUUUCAAAAAAUAAAAUUCUGCUCCCUAGGACCUUUAUGCAACAUUUGAAGUAUAAACUUCCAAAUAAAAACAAAAUAUCUUGGAUCACACUUCUUUUUACAAUUUUUUUCAAAGCCUAACUGAUGAAGGUUAAUUUUCCGUUAACUGUUUUGAAGCCUCCGAAACAAACUUUACAGACUGCCCAUAUAAAUAUGAACGAAGGAACUUGUCCAAUCAAUACAUCACAAUGUAGUAUAUGGACACCUAGUUCACCUGUCAAUAAAUAGCAGAGAUAUUCCUUGCUGUUUGAAAAUAAGAGAUGAUACUAACUUUCCGUUAACAAUUGAAGCCUCCGAAACACUUGAAGCCUCCGAAACAGUCAAAUCACUUGUUUUUAUUUUUUUGUUACUUCAGUCCAAAAUUUGUAGGUUAAAUUUGUAUUAUAAUCAUAUGUUAUGUUGUAUAGACUGGCCUCAGGUAGAAAUUGUAUGAAUAUCAAUUCAAUUUUUUUCAGAAUUCGCUGAUAACAUAAAAAUUCUGUUUAGGAGGCUUCGAACAUAAGUUAACACAUGUUUUUUUUUGUUAUUCUAAAUUCAUAGAUAAGAGAGUGUUCACAUUUUAUUUUGUUGUUGUUGGUUUUGAUCUACUUAAGAACAGAAACAUAUUUGAUUUUAUAAUUAAUAAUAUUUCUUAAGUUAUACCUGAGCUAAGUAUUUGAGAUGGGAUUUUCCACUCAUAAAACAUGCAUUUCCCUAUUUCUAACUCAGAAUAUAAACAUUAGAUAUCAACUAAAAGAAAGAAAAGUCACACAUAUAAACCAUGUAAUGUUUAUUAAUAUUGUAAUAUACAGUGGCUCAAAAUAAAGCUCUGCAUUUUCCCAAAUUGACAGGCAUCCUAAACUUAUGUUAACACUUGCUUCGGAGGCUUCAAACAAGAGUUAACACCAUAUUUUGUGUUAUUCCAAUGUCCUGGAUAAGAAAAAUUAGGCAUUUUUUCAACAGCAUGUUUGGUUUUGAUCUACAAAAUUACAGGAAUGAGUAUUUCUUCAUCAGAUUUUCUAAUUUUUAAUGAUAUACAAAAGAACUUGUAUUUGUGAUUGAAUUUUACAUUUGUAAACGUGUGUUAUCCUCAAUCAAAUUCAGGUUACUCAGUGUGUAGAUACAUGCAUACUUACACACAUACGCACAAAUACAAUAUUUAGGAACAUUUUAAUAUACAAAGAUUUAAAUAAAUCUUUGCAUUUUCUCAAAUUUUCAAGGUAUCUGAGACAUGUGUAUAUAUGUAC